AGCUAAGGUCACGUGACGGGCUAAGUUCCUUCGCUGUACGAGCUCCGCUUUCUGCCCACGUUAGCUAAAACAUAUCUGUUGCAAGUAACCGCGCGAUUCUAUGAUUUUUAUGACCUCAAACUAAUUAAAACAGAUUGAAUUUAUAUCAUAGUGCUUCGACGGGCGCUGGUCUUUGAGUCAUAUAACACCGAGCCGCGCUUUUAGAUAUUUUUGGACGGCUUUGCGUGCUAGCUAGCUAGCUGUUAGCGCGUUAGCCAACAUCAUAAACAUGAACAUAGACAACGUGAAUCAGUCUGUCACAACUGGAGUGUCAUCUACGACGUCUUCAACCUCAAGUAACUGUAUCGCAAAUGAUAAUGUCGCAACCAGCGUCAGCAGCAUCCCUUCGAUCACGAGUAAUGCUUCUUCAUCAGCGGCCAUGGUGACACCAUCGGCGGACACAUCUGUCUCCAAUGGUGUCUAUGUUCCUGGUGGUAUCACCAAUGGAGACGUGAAACCUGCCAUCUCCGCCACACCCCUGGCAGAUUUCCUCAUGCAGCUGGAAGAGUAUACUCCAACAAUUCCUGAUGCAGUUACAGGGUACUACCUCAACCGUGCUGGCUUUGAGGCAUCUGAUCCAAGAAUAAUCCGUCUGAUCUCCCUUGCCUCUCAGAAGUUUAUCUCAGACAUUGCAAAUGAUGCGCUGCAAUACUGUAAGAUGAAAGGAACUGCCUCCGGAAGCUCAAGGAGUAAGACAAAGGAUAAGAAGUACACUCUGACUAUGGAAGACCUGACUCCUGCCCUCUCAGAAUAUGGCGUCAAUGUUAAGAAACCAUAUUAUUUCACGUAGACGUGUCUUUGAGGCUUUUUCUUUUGCUAUGUUUAUCUCCCUGCUGACCCACUAGCCUGUAACAACAUCAAACAUUUUCUCUUGUUUUAUUUUUGAGUAUGCUGCUUAAGAACAGCUUUGACAAAUCUUUGUAGUCCCAUUGCCAUUUGUUAUUUUUGAGGAGCCACCAUUGUGUUAUGGUAAAUUGUAACAUUACAUUUUAUUGUGGAAAUAAAACCUUUGAAAAAACCUU